AUAUUUCAAGACUUUCCUUGCCAGCAGAAUAUGACAGAUACCUAGCAUCUAGCAAAACCAUGGCAGCGGCUUACCUCGAUCCAAACUUGAAUCAUACGCCAAGUUCAAGUGCAAAGACGCACCUCAGUACUGGGAUGGAGCGUUCCCCAGGGACCAUGGAGCGAGUCUUAAAGGUCUUUCACUACUUUGAAAAUAGCAGUGAACCGACAACGUGGGCCAGCAUUAUCCGCCAUGGAGAUGCUACUGAUGUCCGAGGCAUAAUUCAGAAGAUUGUGGACAGUCACAAAGUGAAAAAUGUGGCCUGCUAUGGGUUACGGCUCAGUCACCUGCAAUCUGAGGAGGUUCACUGGCUACACCUGGACAUGGGGGUGUCCAAUGUGAGAGAGAAAUUUGAACUAGCCCACCCUCCAGAAGAAUGGAAAUAUGAGCUGAGAAUCCGAUAUUUACCCAAAGGAUUUCUAAACCAGUUCACUGAGGACAAACCAACUCUAAAUUUUUUCUAUCAACAGGUGAAAAAUGACUAUAUGUUAGAAAUAGCAGAUCAAGUGGACCAGGAAAUUGCUUUGAAACUAGGUUGCCUUGAAAUCCGGAGAUCCUACGGAGAGAUGAGAGGCAAUGCAUUAGAAAAGAAGUCCAACUAUGAAGUGUUAGAGAAGGAUGUUGGCUUAAGACGAUUUUUUCCGAAGAGUUUACUAGAUUCAGUGAAGGCCAAAACACUACGAAAACUAAUCCAACAAACGUUUCGACAGUUUGCCAACCUCAAUAGAGAAGAAAGUAUUUUGAAGUUCUUUGAGAUCCUCUCUCCAGUGUACAGAUUUGACAAGGAGUGCUUCAAGUGUGCUCUCGGUUCAAGCUGGAUUAUUUCCGUGGAGCUGGCAAUUGGCCCAGAAGAAGGAAUCAGUUACCUUACGGACAAGGGCGCUAAUCCAACUCACCUGGCAGAUUUUAAUCAAGUACAGACUAUCCAGUAUUCAAACAGUGAAGACAAGGACAGAAAAGGGAUGUUGCAGCUCAAGAUAGCAGGUGCACCUGAGCCUCUGACAGUGACAGCACCGUCCUUAACCAUUGCAGAGAACAUGGCUGACCUGAUAGACGGAUAUUGCCGACUGGUGAACGGAGCCACGCAAUCUUUUAUUAUCAGGCCACAGAAAGAAGGUGAAAGAGCUUUACCAUCAAUACCGAAGNUGGCCAACAACGAGAAGCAAGGAGUCCGGUCGCACACCGUCUCUGUAUCAGAAACAGAUGACUAUGCGGAGAUUAUAGAUGAAGAAGAUACUUAUACAAUGCCAUCAACCAGGGAUUAUGAAAUUCAAAGGGAGAGAAUUGAACUGGGGCGCUGCAUUGGUGAAGGACAGUUUGGAGAUGUACACCAGGGAGUUUACAUGAGUCCAGAAAAUCCAGCUAUGGCUGUUGCAAUCAAAACAUGUAAAAACUGCACCUCAGACAGCGUUAGGGAAAAGUUCUUGCAAGAAGCCUUAACAAUGCGUCAGUUUGAUCAUCCUCACAUCGUGAAGCUCAUUGGAGUUAUUACAGAAAACCCAGUCUGGAUAAUCAUGGAGCUCUGUACGCUUGGAGAGCUGAGAUCGUUUUUGCAAGUAAGAAAAUACAGCUUGGAUCUGGCCUCUCUGAUACUCUACGCUUACCAGCUUAGUACAGCGCUUGCCUACUUAGAGAGCAAGAGAUUUGUACAUAGGGAUAUUGCUGCUAGAAACGUGCUGGUGUCUGCCACUGACUGUGUGAAAUUAGGAGAUUUUGGGUUGUCGCGAUAUAUGGAAGACAGUACUUACUAUAAAGCUUCCAAGGGAAAGUUACCUAUCAAAUGGAUGGCUCCGGAGUCAAUCAACUUCCGACGGUUUACCUCCGCUAGCGAUGUGUGGAUGUUUGGCGUGUGUAUGUGGGAGAUCCUCAUGCACGGGGUAAAGCCCUUCCAAGGGGUGAAGAACAAUGAUGUGAUCGGUCGAAUUGAGAACGGUGAGCGCCUACCAAUGCCUCCAAACUGCCCUCCCACCCUCUACAGCCUUAUGACCAAGUGCUGGGCCUACGACCCUAGCAGACGACCCAGGUUUACUGAACUUAAAGCACAACUCAGUACGAUCCUGGAGGAAGAGAAGCUGCAGCAAGAGGAACGGAUGCGAAUGGAGUCCAGGCGGCAGGUCACCGUGUCCUGGGACUCGGGAGGCUCCGAUGAAGCCCCUCCCAAGCCCAGUAGGCCUGGUUACCCCAGUCCAAGAUCCAGCGAAGGAUUUUAUCCAAGUCCGCAGCAUAUGGUACAGCCAAAUCAUUACCAGGUGUCUGGCUACCCUGGUUCUCAUGGGAUGCCCGCCAUGGCGGGCAGCAUUUAUCCUGGGCAAGCGUCUCUCCUGGAUCAAACAGAGUCGUGGAACCAUCGGCCUCAAGAAAUAUCAGCGUGGCAACCAAACAUGGAGGAUUCGGGCACUUUGGACAUUCGAGGAAUGGGACAGAUUCUUCCCACACAUCUCAUGGAGGAGAGAUUGAUACGACAACAACAAGAGAUGGAAGAAGAUCAGCGUUGGCUCGAAAAAGAGGAACGAUUCCUGAAACCCGACGUGCGGCUCUCCAGGGGCAGCAUCGAGCGAGAGGACGGAGGUCUCCAGGGCCCAACUGGUAACCAGCACAUAUAUCAGCCCGUGGGUAAACCAGAUCAUGCAGCUCCGCCAAAGAAACCUCCCCGUCCUGGAGCCCCCAGCCACCUGGGCAGCCUCGCGAGCCUCAACAGCCCCGUGGACAGCUACAACGAAGGGGUGAAGCCGUGGAGGAUCCAGCCGCAGGAGAUCAGCCCUCCUCCUACCGCCAACCUGGACCGCUCCAACGACAGAGUCUACGAGAAUGUGACUGGGCUGGUGAAAGCUGUCAUAGAAAUGUCCAGUAAAAUACAGCCAGCUCCGCCGGAGGAGUACGUGCCCAUGGUGAAGGAGGUUGGCUUGGCGCUAAGAACUUUACUGGCAACGGUAGAUGAGACCCUGCCAGUGCUUCCUGCGAGCACUCACCGAGAGAUCGAGAUGGCCCAGAAGCUGCUGAACUCGGACUUGGCUGAACUCAUCAACAAGAUGAAGCUGGCAGAAUACAAAAAGCAAAUGCUCACGGCUGCUCACGCUCUGGCUGUGGAUGCCAAGAACUUGCUGGAUGUUAUCGAUCAAGCCAGACUGAAAAUGAUCGGUCAGUCCAGACCGCAUUAAAUCCCGAGGGAAGCGUUUCAUCGUUCUGUUAGAGAGUUCUGCUUGCGAAAGGAUGUUACUUCACCUUCCACCAGCAGUGAGGAUUAACCCAGUAUAGUCCUGGCUUUCCAGCGACUCUUGCUUCAGCGGACCUGACUGACCGCUGUUGGUUCGCUCUCAUUAGAAAAGUUUAACCCAGUUUUUAUCCUAAAGCCAAGCUGGUCUGGGAUUCAGAAAGUGGCAUUAUCACAGGAUGAAGUCUGUACAGGUGUCCUUGGGAAAGCAUGACUACGGAGCGCAAGUAAAUUCCCCACCAUCGCAUAGGACGUGCUUAGGCUGAAGUCACCACGGGGUCACCGUCUCGGAGCCAGAAGGGCUCGAGCAGCAGCUCGGGGAAAGAUAUUGUGAAGUGAAGAAUUCUGGGAAACCUCAGGGCUGAGAAUUCUUGCCCACAGUAUAUGAACUUAUCCAGACUGGAAUUUUUUUAUUAGAACACUUACGUCGCAAUAUGCUAAUCACAAUUUACAGAGAAAGAAAAUAAAAAGCUAUAUUUUCAAGACUUCGGUCAUUUCAAGACAAACUAAAGCCCUCUUCAUUUUCCUGCUUUUUACUUUUAUGUGGAUGUGUGGAGCAUUCGUUUGGAAGAUAGCUGUAGAACACAACCGAAAACUCUCGUCUCUUUCACCAGAAUAACGUGCCAGUUGUUUUUUUGUAGCAAUGUUAUUUUCCUUGGAAGCAAAAAAAAAUGCUGCUUUGUACCAGAGCAAUUCAGAGCCGCAUUUAGAGGAGUUCUGUAACCAUUCAUGUUCCCCAUUUUUAUAUAAUUUAUAAAGAAAGAUUAAAGCCAUGUUGACUAUUUUAAACCCACUGUAGUUAACUAACCCAUCUUUUUUGUCUAUCUUGCCUGGGAGGAGUUACAGUAGAGCAGUGUAAUUAGAUUUUUCCUUGGUUUCUCCAGUUAUACCAUCUGUUCUGUUAAAAUAAAAACCACAUGCCCUUUUUGCUGUUGAGGGAUAUAAAUUAUUCUCAGGAAGAAUAUAAUGAACUGUACAGUUACUUUGACCUAUUAAAAAGGUGUUACCAGUGAAAUUCUGGCUAUAAUAUA